AUGGAGGGGAAGACACCGAUUAUUAUUCCACAGCUAAGAGAACAUGUCGAUGAUUUUCUGAUGGAAGCAUUUGCGGCCAACUCACAAAAGCUGGGAGGGCAGGGAAAACAGGACAAUGCAAAGGUGAGGCCUACUCGAGACAUCUAUUUGUCACCGAACCAAAUUCAUCCUAGGUCUGCCGGGAAACGGAAAAAGAAAGCCGGUAACCAUCCUGAGGCGACGUAUGAUCCUUUUGAGAAGGUGGAUAGAAAGAAGCAAGUUGCGCUAGUCGAAUAUGUGAAGACAGAUUUGGAUAACCCUAUUGAAAGUAGCAGUCCAGAGGUAGAUUUCUACCUAACCUUAAUGACACCCAAAAAACAGUGGGUCAUAGAUGAAUACGGCUGGCUUUCCGAUAUGCAUAUGGUCGUGGGUAUGAGCAUAUGGUCAUUGCGUAGCCCGUGUCCAAAUAGAAAUGAGAGAAUUGCUUUCCUCGACCCUCAGUUCACCAGUUUGUGGUGUAUGCAGUACAUAAAUAACUAUCUUGGCCUCGAGAAGACAUGGAAAUUCCCUAUUGGAUUCGAGAAACAUUACAACGUUCUUGGACGUAGUUUCACCGGCAUCAAUGACACGAAUGUGGGUGACAUCCGUCUCAAGUACGCUGCUGAGAUGAAGAAUGAGGUGGCCUUGUCUGACUUCGUGAAAAUGACAAGCCCGUACCCGCGCGGUACAUCUGAUGAUGAUCGGUCGGGGCGGCAGAUUGAUUCGUUGGAUUCGUUGUAA